AUGAAUGAUGGCGAUGCGGUACCGGACGCGGAACGCGGGACGCUGGAGCGCGCGCGCGCGUGCGCGUACCUGAGCUCGGUCGUCCGAGCGUCGGAGGGGGUGGAGACGGCGCGCGCGCCGGGAGCGCUCGAGGCGCUGGAGAUGAUGGCGGAGCGCGCGGGAUUGGACGCGCUCGCGAAGCUCGCGUCGGAGCGCGGUCGCGGAGGAUGGACGAGUACAGAUCGAGCGCCGGGAGACGCGUCGAAGUUGCUCCCGGAGGUGUCGAUGAAAGACUUUGAGGGGUACCUGAGCGCGAUGCGAGAGCGCUACGCCGGGUUCGUGGAAGAUCGAGAGAGGAGCGCGCGGAGCGCCGAGGCGGGGAGCUCGGGCUGGAGUCCCGCGGGGACGGGGGGGAGCGAGCGCGGCGUCGAGAGCGUUCCGGCGCUCUUCUUCGACGAGAUAUUCGAGUUACACCAGCCGGAGACGUUCUCGCGCGCGUGCGUUGGGUUGGAUGAGGUGAACAUACGAAAUUUAGCGCGCGCGGCGAUGGAGACGCAGGAAGAUUUCAUAGCGCACUUGGACGCGGUGGAGGAGCAUUUGAUCCGCGAGAUUGGCGAGAAGAGCGAUGAAUUCUUCACCGCGCUAAGUGACUUGCACCAUCUUCACGAAGCGAUGGCCGGCACGCAGCGUCAAGUAGCAUCGAUGCGGAAAAGCGUCAGGGACAUCAGGGAACAGUUGGUCAAACCGGGACAGCUCAUGCUGAGCUUGCGCGACAAGCGAGACAAUCUCGAGACGUUGACGGAGACGUUCACGAAAGUCGCGGCGUUACAGCAAAUGCGAACUGAUAUGGAUGUUUUCGUGGAGAGCAGCGAUUACUCUGGCGCGCUUCAACUCGCAGAAGACAUUAAGAAGGCGCUCGCGGAGGACGAAGUGCUCGCCAAGUUGACGUGCUUCGGAACACUCCCAGAACACGUCGAGUACACCAGGAACAAGGUGCGGGAAGUGAUGAUAAGUGAUUUCGUAGAAGGAGCAAGUCUUCCAAAGGACGCCAGGACCUUGGUUUCGGCUCGAACGCUCGACCGUUUGUCCGAAGUCGCAAAGACGUGCGGUAUGGAGCCGCCGCAGAGCAAUUCAAAGUUGACGCAGCAAAAUAUCGACGAGGAAAUCAAUAGUCUGGAGAAAAUGAUUCCUCCUUUCAUCUCAUUAUUGUAUUCUGGUAGUUCUUUCGUGUGUGAGGCGCUGCAGAGCUGGCUCACAGCGAUCGUUGAAGACGUGAGGCUUGUUGAGCGCGUAGCGAUACACAUCAUGCUCAGUACAAUCACACAAGUUCGUCGACAAAUCACGCCAUCUACGGACGAUACCGUCUUCGAUUCCGUGCACGCGACUGUGAUUCGAAGUCUUCCUGCAGAAGUUUUCGCUGAGCUUCUCCUUGGGUUGAAGGAUAUAUUCAACUCGUACUUUGAACGAGCAAAGGAGGUGAGGGCAAUGGUACGAGCUGUUAUUACAAGCGACGAGGAGUCUCUAGCAGCGCUUCGGGGCAUAGGCGAGGGUCUGAUUUCGGCCGCGCGCGAUGCUGCGGUUAAUAUCGAUCACGCAUCGUCUCAAUCAGCUCUAGCGAUCGCGAAUGAGGCGCUGAGCAAGGUGAUUGAUAUCGCGCAAGGACGUUUUGCGAAACUUCUUGGAGUGCGGGCACCCAUGAACGUAGCCUCCUCAUCGAGAGAAUUCAUGGCGAUAACAGAGGCAACAAACGCGUUCUUGGAACUCGCCGAGACGGUAGGCAAACAUCGCUGCCUGAGUUUGCGGACAACGCUGGUGAACCAGGGCAAAUCUUUUGUUCGCGAGCAGCACUCGUUGUCAGCGUCAAAACUUAUCUCGUUGCUCGAAUGCGAAACGUGGGCGCGCGCAAAGCUGCCCGUACACUUGCAAGCUCUCGUUGACGCUCUGAUGGAAGGCGCGAUGACAUUUCCGGACGUCAAAAGUGAGGAUAUUGGCGAUGUCUCUUCUAUCGUAGUUGGAGGUGAGCUCUUUCACCCGGUGAACAGUGCUGUGUUGCUGGUUCAGAUUUUGGUCGACUACGUGCGCAUGGCGCGUCAAAACCCCUCAUUAUCUACCGAGAUGACGCAUCGAACGAUUGAUCUGAUCAAGCAGUAUAACGCGGGCGUCUGUCAGCUCAUUUUGGGCGCAGGCGCGAUGCAAGUGUCCAAGCUGAAAUCCAUCACGGCGAAACAUUUGUGUCUCGCGCAGCAGAGUGUGUCCUUAUUCAUAUCGCUUCUUCCGAGAUUGCAAGAGAUCAUGUGUGCACUCAUCCAAGGGCCAAAGCUCGUACUUCUUCGUCAAGAGUUCGAUCGCAUGUUCAGGGAUUUAAAGCUGCACAAGAGUGAAAUUCACGACAAGCUCGUGAGCAUCAUGAGCGAACGCGUGGACUUCCACUUACAUCGUUUAUCUUUUGUUGUCAAAUCACUGAGAGAAAGAAAGAGCAAGACGGUGGAUCCGAUAACGCCGUCCGAGUUCGCGACGGCUCUCACGAAAGAGAUGGGGACGUUGAAACGGGUUAUCAAAGAAUUAUUAAACGAAGCUGACCAGCGCGAUGUCCUCGGUCGAGUGCGGCGGGAGUUGUGCGCCGCGAUCGUUUCCAAGGUCAAAUCCCUUGAAAUAGCGGCGACCGAUGACGCGACAAUCGUGACGCAAAUCAGUACAGAUCUCGAUGUGGUGAACGAGUCCAUGGUGGAGCUUCCGGUGAUCUCUGAAGACGAGAACGAGGACGCACUCGCGGCCCUCGCGUGCGACUUCCGAGCAAAGCGCGGGACGACAACGCCGGGGACCGCGGCACCAACGGUUCACGCUUCAGCGGAAGAGCAAACGAAAGAAAACGAAGAACACAUCGCGCCCUCGAGCCCGAACGCCUCGAGCACGCACUAG